UCAGCUCUAUUCCAUUAUUUUCUUCCAGAGCCUCUGACCCAGAAUUCACCUGAAGCCAAAUAAAAACUGUCUCCUUAAACAUGCCUUUGUCCUCUGUGUCUCCUUUUAUGUUCCUUAUUAAUGCUUUCAAUGUUGUCUUGGCAACCAUUUUAGUCAGUGCAAUCUCUUUUUCAGGCGACGUUGAUGCCAUUUCCGCGAAUAAAAUCAUAGACGCUCCUUUAUUAACGGAAAAAAUAGGUACAAAUACCACCAUCAAAGUCGAUAUCAAUGGCGAGGGAGAUUUCACGUCUAUCCAGGAAGCCAUUAAUGCUGUUCCAGUGAACAACGAUAAAUGGAUUAUAAUCCAUGUAAGGAAAGGAGUAUACAGAGAAAAGGUACACAUUCCAAGAGAGAAACCUUAUAUAUUCAUAAGAGGGAAUGGAAAAGGAAGGACAGCCCUUGUCUGGUCUCAAAGCUCUGUUGAUAAUAUCGAAUCUGCUACUUUCAGGGUAGAAUCCCCCCAUUUUAUUGCUUUCGGUAUCAGUUUCAAGAAUGAGGCUCCAACUGGGGUGGCUUUUACAUCGCAAAACCAGUCGGUGGCGGCAUUUGUGGGUGCAGACCAGAUCGCAUUCUAUCACUGCGGAUUUUAUAGCACCCAUAAUACUUUAUUUGAUUACAAAGGAAGGCACUAUUAUGAAAGUUGCUACAUUCAGGGCUCAAUCGAUUUCAUCUUUGGACGUGCAAGAUCCAUUUUUUAUAACUGUGAGCUCUUUGGGAUUGAAGACAUGAGGGUGAAGAUUCUUGGGUCAAUAACAGCCCAUAACAGAGAAACAGAAGAUAAUAGUGGAUUUGUUUUUGUCAAGGGAAAGGUUUAUGGUGUUGCUAGUGUCUAUCUGGGAAGAGCAAAAGGUGCUUAUUCUAGGACCAUCUUUGCAAAGGCCUAUCUCUCUAAUUCUGUAGCACCACAAGGUUGGACUAAUUGGAGCUACAAUGGCGCCACAGAUAAGCUUUUCCAAGCGGAGUACAAAAAUCAUGGCCCAGGAUCCAAUACGGCAAAGCGAGCUGCGUGGUCGAAACAACUCACAGAUCAAGAAGCUGAACACUAUAUGUCCAUUGAUUUUAUAAAUGGCAAAGAAUGGCUGCCUGCUUGGCAAUGAAGUACGUUAAUGUUGAAGUUGCAAUAGUAAUUUAUCAGUUACUGUAAAGAUUGUCAACAUUGGUUAUUUUCUAAUUAAUUAUGUUCUUAAUUUAUUAUUAUUGAAAUUUAAAAAAAAAAAAGUCGUUAUUUUCA